AAAAGUAUGGAUAACAAUAGUACUCAGAUUGGUGAGGCAGGUGCUACAAACUUACUUCCUUACUACUUGGUCGGAGGUAUCGCUGCCUUCGCUAUUAUGGGAUACAUGGCACUAACUUCUGGUGACAAGAAGCCAGCAGUCGAUCCUUCAGAGACUGCAGAUAGACUUCUAGAGGAAGAAGAAGCUAGAAAUCCAAAGAUGGACGCCACUGAGAUAGUAACUUCCUCCCAUAUGUCCAAGUCUGCAAGGAGGAGAAAGAACAAAAAGGAGAAGGAGACUCAAGAAAAAGAGGCUUCAAUCAAGAAGGAACAAGAGGAAGCUGCAAAGAGAGCUGAGGACGCUAAAAUUGAAGAAUCUGAAUCUGUAAAACCUGCAUCAAAGAAAGGAAAGAAGAAUAAGAAGAAGUCUAAAGCAGCCAACAAAGAGUCUAAAGUCGAAGAGUCUAAAGUCGAAGAGUCUAAAGAGGAGGUAAAGGAAGAGAAGACUGGAAAGAAGGGUAAGAAGGGAAAGAAAAACCAAGCAAAAGACAAUGUUGAAGAAAAACCUUCAAAGCCACAAUCAAACAAGAGUGAUAAAGGCAAGAAUAAGAAGAAUAAGAACAAGAAAUCUCAAGCAGAAAAGGAAGAAGUUGUGGAGAGCACUGAGGAACCCAAAGAGAAGACAUCAUUAGCCCAGAGCGAAAUCGAUGAUGGAUGGGAAGUCGUUAAGCCAAAAGUGAGAAAGCCUAAGAGCACUGAUAAAGAAUCAGUCACGGGUAGCUCUAAUUAAUCUGGGCAUAAUUCUACCAAUCAGCAUUAGUUCCUAAUACUUCCCUCUACAUGUAAGGUACAUUGCAGAUGAAGUUUAAAAGUAGG